AUGGAACACUCGCAAGCUCUACUAACUGCCGUGCUGCUGGUUGUCUGCUCUACUGUGGGCGCCACUUUAUUGAACUGCAAUUGCGAACGUGGCCCGCCAGGACCGCCAGGACCUACGGGGCCAGCAGGACCACGCGGUUUUCCCGGCAGGCCCGGCUUUUCGGGCUUUGGCAAGAGCACCUGGAGCGAUCAAUUUUCUUUUUCACCAUUUGGUGGCUCAGCAAUGAAUGGACCUAUGGCUGGCCCUGAGUUUGGACCGCCUCCAAUGUUUGGCGGACCCAUGGCGGGACCACCCAUGAUGGGACCUAUAGGACCACCAGGACCUCCUGGACCACCUGGUUACUGCUUCCCCUGCCCCUUCAACGGUGGUGGCGUCGGUCCCUUUGGCGCUGGUGAUCAGAAUGUUGCUCAGGGCAUUUCCACAGCCAUUGGCAACCUGAUUAUUGUGCCUUCAGCUACAAAUGGACGCGCUCAGCUCUUCCGCAUUACACCAGAAGGACAAAUAGUUAAAAUCGAAAACAACAAUGAUCUUUACAACGAGGCAUUGCCGCCCAGUCUACAGGAAUUGUUUAGUCUGCAGGCGUCUGUGCCGCCCACAGCUGCUACCAUUAAUGAAAUUACGCCACCCAGCCAGGAGCAACUUGAAGAGACGCCGCCUGAGGAUCUGGACGAAGCUAUGUUUGCCGCUGCUGCAGAUGAGGCUGAGCGCAAGAAGCAGAUACGUGGCAAUGGCAACACCGGAAGCACCGACUGGCGUCGCAUUUUGCUGCUCGGCGAACGCAACAGUCCAGUCAAGUCGGCAGCCAAUGAGCCCAGCGCGACUGUCAAGAUCGAAGACAGCAUGGACAGCUUCCAACGUGCACUGGCUGAUCUUAGACAGAAAUAUGCAGCGCUCACCAAACCAAAACAGCAGCAACAACAAAUACAACAACAGGCACGUAACCAGAAUCAGCGAUAUAACAUCAUAGGCUAG